CUGUGGAGUGGGACCUCUGGGGCACCACGCAGUACCAACGAGCAACAAUCGGCCAAAAUGUAAAGGAAAAGACGCCUUACACCACUUUCUGAAAGUAGGUGUGUUGUGGGAAAGUGUUGCGGUGACUUUAAACGAGUGCGUAAAGUUGACGUUACGCAGCAGGGACGCGCAAUAACCUGUGCGUAAAAGUCAGUCAAAGUGGACAGAAGUUACAUUUGACAGAUGCAACCUCUCCGCUGGCGGCGAUGGACGGGUCGUUGAGCCUCCGUGACGUUUCGACGAGCUGACGCAGUGAGGAACAAUCGUUUCGACGCGCACGGUCCAUGUCUGGAGUUUGGCGACCGCGCAGCAGCGGAGUGGAGCGCGCAGCGGGGCAGCGGCUGCUUGGCAGCGACGAAGCCUGACGCCUGGGAAGCUAAUAAAUACAAUUUGUCUGGACCGCAGCCUGUGUGUUAGAAGUAGUACAAGCAAACUAGUUCUUCCGCGUCCCGCACAUUGUUGUAAUGACAGACGUCGGCUCCGAGCGUUCAAUUCUUCACAAAGUCGCAGCUGGCUGAGUUCGUGAAACGUUUUUUUUUACGCCGUUCCGUCUACCUCCUCGCAACAUGGACGGGAGUGCAGACAGCUGCCCGGACGGGGAGAGCAUCAACCUCAGCGUGCUCAACUGGGAGCAAGUGCAGCGGCUGGACGCCAUCCUCACCGGCUCCAUCCCCAUCCACGGCCGCUGGAGCUUCCCCACGCUGGAGGUGAAGCCCAGAGACAUCGUCAACGUGGUCCGCAGCCGCAUGGAGGAGAAGCGGAUACACGUCCGCGAGGUGCGACUGAACGGCUCCGCCGCCAGCUACGUGCUGCAUGAGGACAGCGGGCUGGGGUGGAAAGAUCUGGACUUGAUAUUCUGCGCCGAUCUCAAAGGAGAGAUGGAGUUUCAGAUCGUCAAAGACAUCGUUCUGGACUCGCUUCUGGACUUCUUGCCAGAGGGGGUGAACAAGGAGAAGAUCACGCCGGUCACCUUAAAGGAGGCUUACGUGCAAAAGAUGGUGAAAGUGUGCAACGACUCGGACCGCUGGAGCCUCAUCUCCCUCUCCAACAACCGCGGCAAGAACGUGGAGCUCAAGUUCGUGGACUCCCUCCGCCGCCAGUUUGAGUUCAGCGUGGACUCCUUCCAGAUCCGCCUGGACUCGCUCCUGCUCUUCUACGAUUGCUCGGAGCACCCCAUGGCCGCCACCUUCCACCCCACCAUCCUCGGGGAGAGCGUCUACGGCGACUUCCCCACCGCCCUCGACCACCUGCGCAAGCGGCUCAUCUGCACCAGGAGCCCCGAGGAGAUCCGAGGCGGGGGUCUGCUGAAGUACUGCCACCUGCUGGUGCGGGGCUUCCGCGCGGCCUCCGACGCCGAGAUGAAGCUGCUGCAGCGCUACAUGUGCUCGCGCUUCUUCAUCGACUUCCCCGACGUGAGCGAGCAGCGGCGGAAGCUGGAGUCCUACCUGCAGAACCACUUUGUGGACCUGGAGGACCGGAAGUACGACUACCUGGCCACGCUGUACGAGGUGGUGCAGGAGAGCACGGUGUGCCUGAUGGGCCACGAGAGGCGCCAGACGCUUGGCCUCAUCUCCUCGCUGGCGCUGCGGGUCUUGGCCGAGCAGAACGCCAUCCCCAACGCCGCCAACGUCACCUGCUUCUACCAGCCGGCUCCUUAUGUCUCGGACGGGAACUUCAGCAACUAUUACGUGGCGCAGGUUCAGCCCAUCUACCCAUUUCCUCCCUCCUUUCCCCAGCAUUACAUCCCUCCUCAUCACCAUCCCAUGUACGGCACCUGGUUACCCUGUAACUAAGCUCGCUAUGCUUUUGGGUAAACGGUGGAAUCUUUAUUUAAAAAAAAAAAAAAACGGAUGGAUGGCGAUCCUCGCAUCUUGAUCCGGUAAAUCGAGGGAAACGAGAUGAGCAAAAAUUGGACAGACAAAAGAAGAGAACGGGAAGGGGAGGGAAAUGGAGGGGCGAGGGAUCUGGAUCGAAGGCGGCGAGCCAGAGAGAGGCUUUCGCAGGGGUUAGGGUGCCAACGGCAGGAGGAGCUAAGCCCACUGGGAGAGCCGCCAGCAAUGGAGGCCCCCCCCCCCCGACCCAUCACUUUUGGGGGGAGUUCUCUCCUCGAUUGGGUAGACCGGCAGCAGCCUGCGCGUGAUGCUUUUGUUCCUCUCGCACCGUCGCGAGAAACGAAAAACAGACUCACACGCGGCCCGCAGAGGCGGAGGCGUCGCCCUCGUGGUCGAACCUGCGGCGGAGCUUCCGAACCUCGCCGGCGCGCGCAGACAAUGCGAAAGCGAGGAAUUGGGUACCGUUUACGAAGCCCAAAGAUUCACGUUGGAUUUUCAACUUUAUCCGAAUUCUGCGACUCACAAAACAACAAAACAAUGCACGCUUUAUUUCUUUUAAGUGCCUGAGUUGAAGCCUGAAAGGGAAGAGAUAUUUUGGUGAUUCUUUAUCUGUUGGGCUGCCUAAUUGCUUUUCAUGGAGGGAAUGAAUGUACAGCAGAACAAGAGAGGUCUCCUUCGCAGAGGCAGGUUUUUAGAUCAACAGAUUUUUAGAUGUUUAGCCAAAGACUCCGCUCUUAUCUGCAAUCCCGCUCGAAGAACACACAUCCUGAUUACCAAAGAGGAAGCCGCGACGUAAUCUCAUCAUCUGUAGAGAAAGGGGGGAGGGGGAGGGGGGGGAUGUUGGAUCAAAAAUGCUUAUAAGAUGGUAAUCGUGAGAGAGAUAUAUGAAGGACUACUUCAUUUCAAAACGUUGUCAUGUGCAAUCUAUUUCAAAAUGGUCUUGUAAAACUCUGAUGCAUUUUAAUCUGAAAUCUACAACUCACACUAACUUAAAGGUGCCCUGUGAAGUUUUGAUUUAAAAAAAAAAAAAAAAAGGUUUGUUUACAUUUUGUAUCACCUAAACGCAUUGUGCGUUUCGUUUAAUACUUUUAAUACUACAAAAGUGUAAAGUGCACUUUCCUCCCCUUGCAAAGCCGACUCUUGGACUAUUUCAAACGUAGUUGGCUUCUUCUUCACUGCCUUUUAUGACAGUAUGAGUCAUCCAUUAAAUACUGUAAAAUGGAUGGGAGGAUAUAAAUAGUUCAAAAAAUAUAUCUAGAUUAUUUCUUUUUUUUUGGAAUUGCUCCGUAAGCGCUAAUAGUGGCCAAAAACUUUGCAGGGCUACUUUAACUUUUAAACACAUGAAGAAAAAAGAAGCAGUGUGUUUGAAAUGCAUUCUGAAAGUCUUUACUCAAAUCACACUGGAACAUCAUCAACCAUUUUUCAACAUAAUUUGUACGCAGUUAAUGAAAUACGGCCACACGCUGUCUGCACAUGUAAACGCAUGUACACUUUGCAGAGUUAGAGAUCUGAGAAUCAUUUUACAGAAAGUGUGCUGCGUGAAGACUAAAUAGUUUCAAUAAAAUUGAAUAAUUUAGAACGUGUGUAAAUUUGGGCUGCACGAGCAAAUCUUGGCUGUUGAACUGUCAUUUCAGUUAUUUCUUUUUUUUUUUAAAUGUACAUAACUGUAACUAACAAUGAGGGAAGAAUGCAGAAAACGGAUAAAGAUCACCACAUGGAUGUUUGAAGGGCCCGAGCGUGGAAGCAAACAGGUUUAUACACAAGUGCAAGACUUCCAGCGAGCGCUCCCCAACGUCCUCAGAUGUCCUAUUUUUCUACCAAUCUCUAUUUUUGUACAGUUUUCUCUUUUCGCUGAUGUAGCAGGGCAGAUUCGAAAAGGUGUGUAGCCGAGUGUUUUGUGACGUCUGUGUCGGCAAAUUUGUGAUUUACUCUGGCUGCUAAAAGGGGGGGCGGCGCGGGUGGACACGGCGGCUACGCUGAGAUGCUUGUGUUCAGGGCCGGGUCUAGACAGGCAUGUAUGAGGGGUCAGCCACAAAUCUUGAGGGGGCAUUGUGCGGGAUUUAGUUAGCGUGGGAUUUAGUUUGAGGGGGCACAACAUUUAUUUGAGGGGGCCAGGCCCCCUCUUGCCCCUGCCUAGACCCGGCCCUGCUUGUGUUCAUUGUGUGCGUGCGCCGAGCUGUUUCCAAUGGGUUUCAUGUUGCUCCAAAGAGAUUGUUUCACUGUUGUACUUGUUUUUAACCGCUUGUCCCAUUUGGACAGUGAAAAUAAUGAUCUGAUCAAUUGUGUCAAACUUGAGAAUUAAAAAAGGUAAAAAAAAAAAAAAAA